UCUUCCCGGCGUCCCCUGGCUCCUGUCAAGCUCCCGGCAGCCGAGAUGGCGGCGGCCCCGGCGCCGCGGGGCUGCGGGGCUACUAGCUUCCAGCGGAAAGCCGCGGCCGGCAGCCGCCUGGCCGCUGUCGCGGGCACUCGGCCUUCGGUUCGCCACGGGCAGCUGCUGCUCUCCAGCGGGCUCCCCUCCCUGGACUGUGUGCUAGGUGGAGGCAUAGCUGUUGGAACCCUUCUUCUUAUUGAGGAAGAUACAUACGGUCUCUAUUCCAAUUUGUUGUUCAAGUACUUUCUCGCAGAGGGAGUUGUCUGUGGACAUGACUUGUUUGUUGCUUCUGCUAAAGAGCAUCCUGACAACAUCUUAAAGGAACUUCCAGCCCCUUUGCUUGGUGAUACCUACAGAAAUGAAUUGAGAGAAGAAACAACAGCCGUUAAGUCUGAGGAAUUUCAGGAUGCUAUGAAAAUAGCUUGGCGCUACCAAAAUUUACCAAAAAUAGAGACCAGCCCGACGACAUCUACGAAGUUUGGCCAUUAUUAUGAUGUUUCUAAAAGAAUGUCUCCAGAACUGUUUCAGUCCGUAAAACAGCACAGAUUUUACCUUCCUGAAGAAUUGUCUUCACAGCCAGAAAUGAAAACAUGGAACAUGAACAGUGCUUAUGCAAGGCUGCUUCAAUCCAUCCAGAGGAUCAUUUACCAGGAAGGGUUUGAUGGCUCUGAUCCCCAGAAAAAACAAAAGACUAUUUUGCGGAUAGGAAUUCAGAGUCUGGGUUCCAUGAUGUGGGGUGAUGACAUUUGUAGCAGCGAUACUCCUGAAGAUGUUCACAGCCUUACAAAAUUUCUGUAUGUUCUCCGUGGCCUCCUCCGAAAAUCUCUGUCCGCCUGCAUCAUCACGGUGCCCGCUCACCUUAUCCAGAAUAAAGCAAUUAUGGAACGUGUAACAAACUUGUCAGAUACGGUGGUUGGUCUUGAAUCAUUUAUUGGCUCUGAGAGAGAAACCAAUCCAUUAUACAAGGAUUACCACGGUUUGGUUCAUGUACAUCAGAUUCCUCGGCUUAAUAGCUUGAACUGUGAUGUAUCAGACACAAAGGACCUUGCUUUUAGAUUAAAAAGGAAGCUGUUCACCAUUGAGACAAAUAUUUAACCAAGGGGUGCAGCCCAGCUCAUCGCAGGAUGGGUGCAGCCUCUUCUGACGGGUUGUUGCAACGUGCUACCAGCUUCUUCGGCAUCUUCAGAGCCCCCUCGUUGGCUUGGAUGGAAAAUCUUUGCAAGACGAACAUGAUCCUUCCUCAUGCUCGGGGGACUCUUUUGCACAGAGACUACGGUGCAAGGGAUUUUUUGUUUGUUUGUUGGAAGAUUUUAAGCAGAACUUCCUAUUUUUGAGCAGGCUACAAACUGAAACCGCCGAACGCAGCAGGGAAACAAUAGACUCAUCCCAGGGAAGACGUUCCCAAUUCAGCACGAGAACCUGAUCUAUACAGAAUUGUGACAUACAGUUGAGAAAGUGGUAAUGAAAUUUAAAACGUUGUGUCUUGAAUAUGUCAAAUAUGAAUUCUUUAUAUACUUUCUGUUGUGUUGACGUUUUCAAAAUAUAAGUAUUUGGAACAUGAAUAUUAUGAUAGAUUAAAUCUUGUUCUAUGUUUGUAAAGAAAUCUCAAAAACGAUUUCAAGGAUGAAGCUGAAUUCGAUUUUCUGUAACAGUAGAUACAAGCAUCUGAAAAUGGGUGUUCAGAUACAUGGGAUGUGAUACACAUGGUAGUACACCACUGGUUUCAGCUUUAAAUUUAAUAUAAAACAGUGAUGUUGUUCCAAAUACAGCUUUUGGAAAAGUGCAGAAGUCUAACUUACAAAAAUCCUUUACUAUGCCAAUAUUGGAAAGUGAGCUAUUAAUCAAGUUUUUCUGAAACCACAAGUUUAUAACACAUCCCUUUAAAAAUGUGUGUAUAUUACAAGCAUUACACACACAGACGCACACACACACAGAUGUCAAACCAGUAUUUCUCUAGUAUCAUGUAUUAGAAAUUUAAUAAAGUGGGUUUUUUUUUGCCUGUGAUGGAGAAAUGUCAUCCUUAACUACAGAGCACAACAGAAACAGGCAAGAAGAUGCUUUUAUGUCUUUAAGAGGUGGUAGAAACAAGUACUAUCCUCCAUGGCAUUUCUUGGGGUUUUUCUUUUCUCUUGUGAGCUACCUGAGUGCAAGGCCUACCUUUCUUUUUUUAAUCACAUUGAGCACAUGUUGGUGCUUACUCAAUAAUAAAUGUACUUGUGUAAAAAGAAGAAUGAAAGUGAAUCAUCUUCAUCUUAAGAAAAAAAGGCAACUCGGAAAAAAACAAUCCAUCACCAU